UCCUCGGGAUGGACAAGCGAAGAGAGGAGGCGUGGCCAAGGCAAAGCAGGGCAAGGCGUGUCCCUGGCUUGAGGCUCAGUGUUGAUUGUGUUGCCGCGGGGAGCGGUUGGCUGGAGCCAUGGGGUCCUACCUGAGCACGCUGGGAAAUGUAGCAAUUUCUCCAAUAUAUUUUGUGAUCAGCUUGAUCAUGAGACUGUUCUCCAAGCCUCGUCCUGCUAUUACCCUCGAGAAUCCAGAUGUGAAAUAUGCAUUAAGGCUGAUAGACAAAGAGACUAUCAGCCAUGAUACCAGAAAAUUCCGUUUUGCCCUGCCAAGUCCAGAACACAUUUUGGGCCUUCCUGUUGGACAGCACAUUUACCUUACUGCAAGAAUUGAUGGGAAUCUGGUGAUCAGGCCAUACACACCAGUCACCAGUGAUGAUGACAAAGGUUAUGUGGAUCUUGUUGUAAAGAUAUAUUUCAAAGGUGUCCACCCAAAAUUCCCUGAUGGAGGAAAAAUGUCACAGUACUUAGAGAGCCUAAAGACAGGGGACACUAUUGAUUUCCGUGGACCCAGUGGAUUGCUUGUCUAUAAGGGGAAAGGUGUAUUUGCCAUUCGUCCAGACAAGAAAUCUGAACCAGUUCUUAAAAGAGUGAAACAGGUUGGGAUGAUAGCAGGUGGAACAGGAAUUACCCCAAUGUUACAGCUGAUCCGAGCUAUUGUGAAGGACAAAGAUGAUCCUACUGUUUGCCAUUUACUUUUUGCUAACCAGACUGAGGAGGAUAUCCUGCUGCGUCCAGAACUUGAGGAAGUGCAUUCAGUGCAACAUUCAGCCCGCUUUAAAUUGUGGUAUACAUUGGACAGGGCACCUGAAAAGUGGGAUUACAGCCAAGGAUUUGUGAAUCAAGAUAUGCUCAAGGAUCACAUGCCGCCGCCCCAAGAUGACGUUCUCAUUCUGAUGUGUGGCCCUCCUCCAAUGAUUCAAUAUGCUUGCAUUCCCAACCUUGAUAAACUGGGCUAUUCCAAGGAGAUGAUGUUUGCCUAUUAAACUGGAUUGGAGACAGGAUGAAGUGGGAUGUGUAUAUGAGGGGAAAUAAUGGAAAGAAGCACUUUGAAAUGACAGGGAACAAGAUUAAAGACAGAGGAAGUGACAGAUGUGCAGAGGUGUAGCACUAUAUACAAAGGGGCUACCACGCUGAAAUUUCUGUAGGCAGGUAAUUGUGUUGUAUAUGGCAUUUUUAGCUUUGCUAUGCUAUUAAACCUGUAAUAAGGCCACUGGAUUAUGUUUAACUCCUUUAAAAUGAAUAAAAAAUUUAGCCAGGAUCUUGGCAUGAACAGUUUCUCAACUAUAGAUGUGUGUCUGAUACCAACUGUUAAGCAGGUAUAGGUGGGGAAAAUGUUUUCCUCUUGCUGUACUUGCCACAAAGCUUUAAAAGGAGAAAGGUAGGGAUAGCUGUAUUGAAUGCACACUAUUCAUUAAUUAAAAUUUCAUUAUUGCCUUCAUUGGAAGACUGACGGUGAAAUUGUAUGCCUGAUGCAAACACUUAAAGAGAAACUUACAUAUAUUGAGAACAUAGAACUAAAUUAUCAUCUCAUGAAAGUGUCUUCUCCGUUUCUCUCUUGUCAUUCCCAAAGGCAAACUUUGUACACAAAUGUUCCUUAGUUCUUCUCACCCUUUUUCUUAAUUCAUGUGAUCCGAAAAGAAUGUAUGACACUGUAGUAUGAUUUAUACAAAUAAACUCCACAGAUUAAGUUCCUGUGUAUUUAAUUUGGAUAUUAUUAGUCAGUCCAUGAAUUCUGAUUAUAUAGAAUAGAGUGUGCUACCUAUAUUUUCUUUACAUGUAGUAAUUUGUACUGUUUUCUUGAAAAGAUUUCAUACUAUAAAAAAGAAACACUUCACUGUAUUUGGCUUCUGCACUAUCUUUUAAACAAGCUUUCACAGUUACAGUGCUGCUUCCAAAAAUGUGAGGGAGAACUAAAGAAAAACCUGCAAAGAAAAUCAAGAAAACUUCAUUUCAGAUUAGUCCAAUGUAUUUUCUUUUCAGCGUUUUGGAGAGGGGUUAGUUGCUAACGUCUGGGCAUCCAUGUGUUUUUAAAGUGAAUUUUAGUACCUGUACUCCAAAACUGAUAGAAGUUGCAGUUAUUUCCAGGCUUCUUCAUUUUUAUUGUUGUUUCUUAAUUUAGGGAAGGGGAAUAUCUCCUGGUAAUUUUUUCCUACACCAAUGAAAAUGAAAUUAAUUGAGAGCUAUGCAUUUUAAAAGUGCCCUUGAAUAUAUCCCAUUCAUUUCAGAAGGGAUUGUGCAGGAGGACUGUGUUUAGUCACAGUGUUAUGCCACAAAGAAUGCUGGUGUGGAAACGUAGUCUAGAUGUGAUUCUUCCAUAUGGAAUAGAAUCAGAUGGAUUACUUCAAGAAAGAGAAAAUGUAACAAUUCAAAUAUUCUAAGUUACAUAAGCAGUGGGGAGAACACAUUUCAGAUGUUCUAGUAAAAACCUAUACCACUGAGUAAACAGUGCAGAAGAACAAGUUUGUGCCUUGGAAGACUUACUGGCCAUGUUACAAAUUAUGCUAAACCAUAGUUUAACUAAGAUUAAUUUUACAAAUUCAUGAUCUGUUUUCCUCCUGCCCUUUUUCUCAACACCUUCUAAAUAAGCCAGGGACAAACCAUGGUAUUGGCUUUGAAUGUAACAAGCAGCCACUUAAAAAGCCACCUUCUACAUGCCAGCAACAACUCACAACUUCUAAUUGUGGUUGGUUUGCGAGCAGGGUUCAGACACACACAAAAAACCAGACUUUAACAUGCCAAAAGUUGAUGCAUCUGUAUAUAUGAACCCUGCUAAGAAAUGUGAGGGCAGAAAUCUGAUGUUUUUUAUCCUUGGCAUUCUAGAUGCACCUUGAAUCUUUGUUUUCUCCUGUGAAAGGAAUAGGCUGCUGUAACCUGUAAGUAAGUUUUCUCAAGGCCAAGUGUGCAACUUGCUGUUUUAAAAAGUCAAUGACAGGGGCAGGGGAACGAACUGGUUUGGAAGAAUACCAAAGAGAUCUAGAUGGAUGCCCUUUAUCUGCAUUUAUUCUUCACAGAGUUGCAAAUGGCACCCCAUGUAGUUUGGCUCUGAGUGUUUUAACAAAACCAAAAGGGGGAGGAACUUUGGAAUGGUUCUGCACUAAUGUGCAUAAAUUCCUUCAUUAAGAUUUUGCAGCUAAAAAUAAAUAAGCAAAGUAAUUAACUUACCUUUUUGCUUCAUGUUUGUAUCACUCUGGGCAGAGAAGCCUCAACUUUAUUACAUGUACUCUUGAUGUUUCACAACUAUCUCAGUUCACACAAAUGGUUUUGUAUUAUCCUGCCUAGUCAGCUCCCCUCACCCCAAAUGUUUGUGGUAGAAAUAAAUAAAAAAAACUUUGCUUACCACA